GAGGACACAGGGGGGACACCACAGGGGACAGAGAGGGACAGGAAGGAGACAGGGAGCGAACAGCGAGGACAGAGAGGGGACGGAGAGGAGAACGAGGGGACAGCCGGGCACUGCCCGGGGACAUUCAGGGAACUGCCAGGGGACAGCCGGGCACAGCCAGGGGACAUUCAGGGCACAGCCAGGGGACAGCCGGGCACUGCCAGGGGACAUUCAGGGCACUGCCAGGGGGACAUUCAGGGCACAGCCAGGGGACAUUCAGGGCACAGCCAGGGGACAUUCAGGGCACUGCCAGGGGACAGCCGGGCACUGCCAGGGGACAUUCAGGGCACAGCCAGGGGACAUUCAGGGCACUGCCAGGGGACAUUCAGGGCACUGCCAGGGGACAUUCAGGGCACAGCCAGGGGACAUUCAGGGCACUGCCAGGGGACAGCCGGGCACAGCCAGGGGACAUUCAGGGCACUGCCAGGGGACAUUCAGGGCACAGCCCGGGGACAUUCAGGGCACUGCCCGGGGCACGGGGCCAUGGCGCUGCCGAGCUUCAUCCCGCUCCUGGCCUCUCUCCCGAUCCUUUUCCCGUCGGCGACGCCUUCAGACCUCCCUCCCCCGGCCCCCAACAUCUCGGUGACGCCGUCCAAGCCGCAGUUCCUCAUCGGCGACGCCGUGUCCAUCGUCUGCGCCGCGCCGGGGCCGAUGAGCACCGACCGGAUCCAAGGGUUCCGCUUCACCGGGACGUCCGGCUGGGUCACCGACGUCCGGACGUCCAGGAGCCGCUUCGUCCACACCUUCGACGUCACCGGCCCGCGCGACGGCGGCUUCUACAGCUGCUCCUACACCGUCCUCCGGCGCGGCCGCGGCCAAGUCCACUCCCUGGCCAGCCAGGCCGUGGUCGUCAACGUCCGAGAUCGUCCAGCCCAACCCAACUUGACGGUGACGCCCUCCAGCGUCACCGUGGAAGGGCAGCCCCUCGUCUUCUUCUGCGUGGCCCCGCCCGGUGCCGCCGAGCGGAGAUUUGGGUUCUUCCAGGAGGAGCUCGAGGUCACGGAUGGGAUCCAGGAAGAUUCCGGAGCCGGCGGCGUCCGGCUGCGGGUGGAGAAGAGCGACCAGAACCAGACGGGAAACUUCAGCUGCCGCUACGAGGAGAUGACCGAGGGGCGUUGGAUCGCGUCCUACCCCAGCGAUGCCGUCCAGGUCAUCGUCAAAGAUCCGUGCCCGGCCCCUCUCCUGUCCGUGGAGCCGCCCUCGGGCGUGGUGGCCGCGGGCCACCGGCUGCUCCUGAGCUGCGCCGCGCCCCGGCGCGACUUCCGGCGCCGCUUCCGCUUCUUCCGCGACGGCGCCGAGGGUGACGCCGGACGCCGGCGGCGACGUCGCCGGGAACGGGUCGGAGCUGCUCUUCCCGCGGGUUUCCCGGGAACUGGCCGGGAAUUUCAGCUGCCGGGUGGAGGAGGAGGUGGGCGGGGCCUGGCUGGAGGCCCCGCCCAGCCAGGGCGUGGCCGUGGUGGUCUGGGGGGUGCCUCGCCCCCAGCUCAGUUUGAGUUCCUCCCAUUGGUCAUCGGUGGCGUCGUGGGCGUGGCCUUGCUGCUCCUGGGGAUCCUAUUGGCUGCUUGGCUGUGCCGGAAAAGGAGGGGGAGUUCCCGCUGGCGGGGGCUGAGCCCCGGCGACGACACCGGCACCUUCCCCAUGGGGAACUACGAGGGGGCCGCCUGAGCCAGGCCACGCCCACCAAUAUGGCCGCCGUGCACCCAGACCACGCCCCCAAGAUGGCCAACAAUUUGCAGACCGCCCUCCCAAAUGAUGCUGAGACCACGCCCCCAAGAUGGCCGACAAUUUGCAAACUGCCCUCCCAAAUGAUGCUGAGGCCACGCCCCCAAGAUGGCCGACAAUUUGCAGACCACCCUCUCAAAUGAUGCUGAGACCCCGCCCCCAAGAUGGCCGACAAUUUGCAGACCACCCUCUCAAAUGAUGCUGAGACCACGCCCCCAAGAUGGCCGACAAUGUGCAGACCGCCCUCCCCAAAUGAUGCUGAGACCACGCCCCCAAGAUGGCCGACAAUUUGCAGACCACCCUCUCAAAUGAUGCUGAGACCACGCCCCCAAGAUGGCCGACAAUGUGCAGACCGCCCUCCCAAAUGAUGCUGAGACCACGCCCCCAAGAUGGCCGACAAUUUGCAGACCGCCCUCCCAAAUUAUGCUGAGACCACGCCCCCAAGAUGGCCAACGACUCACAGACCGCCCGUCCAAAUGAUGCUGAGACCACGCCCCCAAGAUGGCCGACAAUUUGCAGACCGCCCUCUCAAAUUAUGCUGAGACCACGCCCCCAAGAUGGCUGACAUGUUGGCCACGCCCCCAAAUGAUGCAGAAGUAAUGAACCCAAGAUGGCCGACUACUCACAGACCACGCCCCCGAAUCACGCGGUGGCCACACCCCCUAAGAUCCCAUGAUCACGCACCCAAAAUGGCUGACAACUUCCAGACCACGCCCCCGAAGGAUGAUGAGACCACGCCCCCAAAAUGGCUGGAACUUGCAGACCACACCCCCAAAAUGGUGCAGAGGCCCCGCCCCCAAUAUGGCCACCUGUACGAAGGCCACGCCCCCAAAAUGGCUGACAAAAUAAAGGCCACGCCCCAAGAUGGCAGCUGAGGCUGAGGCCCCACCCACAAGAUGGCGGCUGUGGGUGGGGCCAGGCCAAGGCAGCCAAUGGGGAUUGGUGGGUCCAGUG